UAGUUUCGAUUAGAAAGCUUGCAGAAAUGUAAUUAUUUGUAAGCUAGUAAGCAUACCAUCGUCGAACUAAUAUGAGCUCCAGUUCCGUGCGAGUAAAACUGUUAUUUUUCGCGAAAUCACGCGAACUUGCUGGGCUCACGUGUACGGAUGAUUUUGUAGUGCCGCACGCCGAAAUCAGGUGUUCUGAUCUACUCGAUCUAAUUUGCAAUCGGUUCAACCUGUCCAUCAUUCGUAAUAAUGUCAUACUAGCCCACAACGAACAGUACUGCGACGAUCUGAGUGAAACUAUACGGAUACGCAACGGGGACGAGCUGGCAGUGAUUCCACCGAUUUCCGGAGGCUAG